GGAGGAGGAGGAGGAGGAGGAGCGCUGUCCUUCCACAUCCAGAUCGGUCUGAGCCGAGAGCCGAUCCUGCUGGACUCGGCGGACGUGAGUCUGGCUCAGGUGCGCGAGGUGGCCUGCUCCAUCGUUGACCAGAAGAUUCCCGAGUGCGGCUUUUACGGCAUGUACGACAAGAUCCUGCUCUUCCGUCACGACUCGGCGUCGGACAACGUUCUGCAGCUGCUGAGCUCGGCCUCGCAGAUCCAAGACGGGGACCUGGUGGAGGCCGUCCUCUCGGCUUCGGCCACGGCGGAGGACUUCCGGAUCCGUCCGCAUUGCCUGUUCGUGCACUCGUACCGGGCGCCCGCCUUCUGCGACCACUGCGGCGAGAUGCUGUGGGGGCUGGUGCGCCAGGGCCUCAAGUGCGAAGGCUGCGGUCUGAACUACCACAAGCGCUGCGCCUUUAAGAUCCCCAACAACUGCAGCGGCGUGAGGCGACGCCGGCCAUCCAACGUGUCGCUGACGGGGGGGCCGGCCGUCCCGGGGGGACGCUCGCCGUCCGCCGAGCCCUCGCCGCCGCCCCACUACGGCGACGAGGCCCUGCUGGUCGGCACACUCGCGCGCACGCACACGUGCGCCCGUGAACGUGUCUCACUUCCUGUUUCCUGUUUUGUCUUCCAGUCCCCCGUCAGUCCCAACACGGAGAAGUCGGCGUCGGCGUGGUCUGCGGACGCGUGGCGGCUUCGCGAGCGCCGCGCCAGCUGCCAGUCGUACGUGGGCCGGCCCAUCGAGCUGGACAAGCUGCUGAUGUCGAAGGUCAAAGUUCCUCACAGCUUUCUCAUCCACUCGUACACGCGACCCACCGUUUGCCAGCACUGCAAGAAACUCCUCAAGGGGAUCUUCAGGCAGGGACUGCAGUGCAAAGAUUGUCGCUUCAACUGUCACAAGCGUUGCGCUGCCAAAAUUCCAAACAACUGCUUGGGAGAAGUUGCCAGAAACGAAGAGCUACUGAGUCCGGGGGCGGAGUCUGACGGCAACGUGGCGGACGGUUGCCUUGACGAUCACGAAAGGGGUGGCGGCCUGAUGGACGACGCGGACGACGUCGUCAUGACGACGGACGACAUGAGCAUCGCCAUGAUGACAGAAGCGGGGCCCGGAGACCUCGGCGACACGCAAGACCCGGACGGGGACGAGUCCAACCGAGCCAUCAGCCCGUCGACCAGUAACAACAUCCCACUGAUGCGAGUGGUCCAGUCGGUCAAACACAGCAAGAGGAAGAACAGCAACGUCAUGAAGGAAGGAUGGAUGGUCCACUACACCAGCAAGGACACACUGAGGAAGAGACAUUACUGGCGGCUGGACAGUAAAUGCAUCACGUUGUAUCAGAACGACACAGGAAGUAAAUAUUACAAGGAGAUUCCACUGUCGGAGAUCUUGUCGCUGGAGGCCGCUCGGACCUUCUCGCUUCUCCCGGACGGCGCCAACGCGCACUGCUUCGAGAUCGCCACCACGGCGGCGCUGGUUUACUUCGUUGGCGAGGACCAGCACUGCUCCGACGGCAACGCCGACGUGCUGGUGAGCGGCGUGGGUCAGGACGUGGCCCGCAUGUGGGAGAUGGCCCUCCAGCACGCCCUCAUGCCGGCAGUCUCCACGGGCGUCUCCCGCAGUUGCCACGGCGACGGGCACAAGGAAAUCUCCAUCAGUAUUUCUGUCUCCAACUGUCACAUCCAGGAGAACGUGGACAUCAAUUCCAUCUAUCAGAUCUUUCCAGAUGAAGUUCUCGGGUCAGGACAGUUUGGAAUCGUCUAUGGGGGGAAACACAGGAAGUCGAGCCGCGAUGUAGCCAUCAAGAUCAUUGACAAGCUUCGCUUCCCCACCAAACAAGAGAGCCAACUGCGCAACGAGGUGGCCAUCUUGCAGAACCUGCGCCACCUGGGCGUGGUGAACCUGGACUGCAUGUUUGAGACUCCGGAGCGCGUCUUCGUGGUGAUGGAGAAGCUUCACGGAGACAUGCUGGAGAUGAUCCUGUCCAGCGAGAAAGGUCGACUGCCCGAACGCAUCACCAAGUUCCUCGUCACGCAGAUCCUGGUGGCUCUGCGUCAUCUCCACUUCAAGAACAUCGUCCACUGCGACCUGAAACCCGAAAAUGUCCUGCUAGCGUCGGCGGAUCCCCUCCCGCAGGUGAAACUGUGCGACUUCGGAUUCGCUCGCAUCAUCGGCGAGAAGUCGUUCCGGCGCUCGGUGGUGGGCACGCCGGCGUACUUGGCGCCGGAGGUGCUCCGCAACAAAGGGUACAACCGCUCGCUGGACAUGUGGUCGGUCGGCGUCAUCGUCUACGUCAGUUCCAUUGUUGGAGCCAGGAGGGCGCUUGUGUCCUCCCCUCUCUGUUUUCAGCACCUGUCUUCAAUCAGCCUCAUCACCACCGGUGUAGAUAAGCCCGGGAAAAUCCUGGCCUAAGUAUUGCAGCCUCUGCUAGCGGUACCACGGCCCGCCUUAUGUCAAGUAAGCUACACUGUUCCUCGCUUCCCUUGUUAACUCUUGUGUCUCCUCGUUCUCAGUGCUCCCCUGUGUUCCUGACCCGCGUCAUUCCUGCCACCAAGCCAGCCGCCUGUUCUGUCCACUGCCUGCCACCUGUGCACGCCGCCGCUGCCAACACAUCCAGGACCAUCCAGCAACUGUUCAUCAUUUCACAUCUGCCUCCGCCUGCUCUUGGGUCCAGCUACUCCCCACACGUGACAGAAUACUUAGGCCACUAUGGACCCAGCAACUCCGCAGGCUCUGAAGAACGCACUAAUUCUCCAAGGCGCCCACAUUGGACGACAGGACAAAAACCUGCAAGAAAUCACCCAAUCGCUCCACUCCUUUUCGCAACAUGUCUCCUUCCUUUCCCACCAGAUGCAAUACAUGCAACCCCCUGUAAGUACUCCUCCCGAGCCCGCAGCCUCCGAGCCACCCCGCUUCCCGUACAAAGAACCUCAUGUCCCUCUGCCCGAGCCCUACUCCGGGGACCUAGGUGGAUGCGGCCAGUUUAUUCUUAAUUGCUCACUCGUAUUCAAUCUCCAACCGUACAGUUAUCCCACCGAACGUUCCAAAGUAGCAUAUGUCACUAACCUCCUCCACUUCAUUCUGGCAAAACCCCUCUCCCGUCCUCCUUUCCUUCGAUUCCUUUUCCGCCGAACUCCGUAAGGGUUUCGAUCACCCAGUUCAGGGCAAAGAAGCCACCCGUCGCCUCCUCACGCUCACGCAAGGCGCUAAAUCAGCAGCAGAAUAUUCCAUUGAGUCCAUUGUAAGAAUCCUCCCACUCGAAGCACCACGCCGUCGGCUUCUCACCCGCCUCCCGCACCGUCUCCCGCACUUCCGUCACUCCCAGUAGCUACCACAGACACCAUGCAAAUUGUUAAAACGCGUCUAGACCCAAAGGAACGUCAGCGUCUAGUCAUCCAGCGGCUAUGUAUCUACUGCGGUCAAUCCGGUCACUUUAUUUCCUCAUGCCCCCUCCGAUCAAAAGACCAGGCUCACCGCGACCCGAGAUCGUCGUGGUGAGCCAAACCUCCAUUCCCUCAAGCUCUCCCUCUCGCAUGACCGCUCCCGCUUGCAAUUUAGUUUCUGCUCAGAACACCCCCCAUUACUGCCCUUAUAGAUUCCGGUGCCGAUGACAACUUCAUUCAUGAAGCAAUAAUACACCAGUUCCGAAUCCCACUCCAACCACUUCCGUCCCCAAAAAAAGUCACAGCCCUGGACUGUUAUCCCUUUCCCAGACACCCCAUUAGUCCUCGGAAUUCCCUGGCUCAAAAAACACAACCCCACCAUCGACUGGACACACUUAGCCAUCACCGGAUGGAGCCCUCACUGCCACUCACACUGCCUGCUCCCAGCUAUACCGCCCUCUGAUAAAUCGCCUCCCUCUUCCACGCCCGUUGACCUCUCUCGACCGAGUCCCUGAAGAAUACCAUGAUCUCUCUCCGGUGUUCAGCAAAGACCUGGCCAUUUCUCUAACCCCCCCCCACCGCCCGUAUGACUGGGCAAUUAAUCUGCUGCCGGGGGCCCCUCUACCUUCCAGACGUCUCUACAACCUUUCCCGACCUGAGAAAAAGGCAAUGGAGGACUAUAUCCAUGACUCUCUGGCUUUCGGACUCAUACGACCUUCUUCUUCUCCAGUAAGGGCCGGCUUCUUUUUUGUAGAAAAGAACGACACCACACUUCGCCCAUGUGUUGACUACCGUGGUCCCAAUGACAUCACUGUCAAAAAUAAAUCUCCGCUUCCCCUCAUCGACCCCUUGUUUGAACCCUUCUGCGACGCCCGGAUAGUCAGCAAGUUGGAUCUACGGAACGCCUACCACUUCAUCCGUAUCCGAGAGGGGGAUGAAUGGAAAACCGCUUUCAACACCCAUCUCGGACACUUCGAAUACCAGGUCAUGCCGUUUGGAUUGAAUAAUGCCCCUGCUGCCCCGAAAAAUGUGAAUUGCACCUCUCCUCCAUACACUUCCUGGGCUACGUUAUCUCUAAAGGACAACUACAACCCGACCCUGCCAAGAUCCUAGCCGUCGUUAACUGGCCCACUCCCACCACCCGCAAAGAACUACAAAGUUUCCUUGGAUUCACCAAUUUCUACCGUUGAUUCAUCCGUAAUUACAGCAAGGUCGCAAUUCCCCUCACUAGCCUCACAUUCACCAGCUCCCCCUUUCAGUGGACCCCGGCAGCAUCCCAAGCAUUUAGUCAACUCAAGACCCUGUUCACCAGUGCGACUAUUCUUCUCCACCCCGACCCCUCCCUCCGGUUCGUGGUCAAGGUUGACGCCUCAGACACGGGGCAGGGGCUGUCCUCUCGCAGCGGGACCCCACGACCCAGAAACUUUACCCCUGUGCCUUUUUUUUCCCCAUCGUCUGUCCCCUGCCGCGAGGAACUACGACGUCGGCAACCGAGAGCUAUUGGCCAUGGUAUGGGCCUAGGAAAAGUGGAGGGACUGGCUGGAGGGGACUGAACUACCAUUCAUCAUUUGAACAGACCACAAGAAUCUCUCUUACCUCCGUUCCGCCAAACGGCUUAACCCUCGACAAGCUCGCUGGGCUCUCUUCUUGAGCAGGUUUCAUUUCAGUCUCUCUUUCCAUCCUGGCUCCAAAAACAGCAAACCAGAUGCCCUGUCUCGACUUUACUCACCCCCCUCCAGCCCUGACGAACCGGAACCCAUCCUUCCUUCCUCAUGCUUCGUUGGAGCAGCCACUUGUCAGAUCGAACAGGUGGUUCAAGAUGCCCAAAAGACUCUGAGUCUUCCCUCCGUUGUGUUGCCGCACGCAACCCCUCCUCCUGGAGCUCAUUCCUCCCAUGCAUUGAGUACACCCACAACUCCCUCACCACUUCCGCUACCGGUAUGUCCCCAUUCAUGGCUUGCUAUGGU